AUAGUUGCGUAGCGAGGGUGAUACACCGCCAUGUGGUCUGAUUGAUGUGUCAAAGCACAUCGUGAGCGCACGAAUUGUAAUCUUGCAGACUGGAAACUGACCGUCACUAAAACAGCUUGGGAAGUGUCUUUCACGUCUUAAUUUUGUCUGAAAACUGUUGUGACAGUUUUUUACGCCUUGCUUUGCUGCCUUCUUUUGUCAUAAGGAACAAAGCGUUAUGCACGCCUGCCAGAGAAAAUAAUAACGACCGGAAAACGGAGGGGUUGGCCAUUGUUUAAUAGAAGAGCCAGUUUUAAAUGAUCGGACCGAUUUGGUAUCAUCUGGAAUUCUUCAUCAAAACUGGGAUCUAUGAGCGGGAAAGCAUUACUAAAGACGAAAGAAGAUAAGGAUGCAAACAAGGAGCCUCAGCUCAAGGGGAUAGUCACCAAGCUCUACAGUCGACAAGGCUUUCAUCUACAACUCCAAGCUGAUGGGACCAUCAAUGGUACAAAGGAGGAAGAUAAUAGCUAUGCUAUUUUCAACCUCAUCCCUGUUGGGCUGCGGGUGGUGGCUAUACAGGGCGUUCAGACCAAGCUCUACCUGGCCAUGAACAACGAGGGCUACCUGUACACCUCUGAGCACUUCACGCCUGAGUGCAAAUUCAAAGAGUCAGUGUUUGAGAACUAUUACGUGACCUACUCGUCAAUGAUCUAUCGGCAGCAGCAGUCGGGCCGAGGCUGGUACCUGGGUCUCAACAAAGAGGGUCAAGUCAUGAAGGGCAACCAUGUAAAGAAGACCAAGCCGGCUGCACACUUCAUCCCCAAACCUCUCAAAGUUGCUAUGUACAGAGAGCCAUCGCUCCACGAACUGACCGAGUUCUCCCGCUCCGGAAGUGGCACUCCGACGAAGAGCCGCAGCGCCUCGGCCAUGCUCAACGGCGGCAAGACUCUGAGCCAGAACGAGUCGACAUAACCUGCUGCUGUACGGCUGCUGGACUCUACCGUCAACUAAACAGCACAAACGUGUUUACAAGAGUGCGGUGAAACCCUUAGCUGGUCGCUAGCUAGUGUUUCCUGAAAUCACUGUGAUGAGAACUGAAGUGCAAACCUACAUUGUACAAUCUUCUGCAGGUCAACCUCCUGAGACAAACAAAUCAAGCCAUUUUACUGAUGUAGGGGUCAUUUGCGGUCGAUCCCCGUUUCCGUGUGUAGCAUAAAGAGCUGUGGUUCUCCCCCGUGACAUUGUCACAGAAUCUUCUAGAACACCUACUCUUGUGUUUUGCUCCAUUUCGUCUUAGGGAUGCCAACUCCAUAGAGCGGAGUCAACUGCAAUAUGACAAUAGCAGCUUGUGCGACCCAUUUAUCGGUAUAUAGAGGCAGAAAUCCCAAAGGUUUUGGACAUAUGAUGCAAGUAUUUCAGCUCAGCUUUUUUGAGGCAGCGGUUCAUUGUUGUGUGCUUUGUAGACAAGCCGGUUUGCUCCUCUCUUCUCUUUGUCUUAUCUUAUCAGCCCACCCCCCCCCACACACACACUGUUAUUCCGCAAAUAAAUAAACAGAUUUAGGGUUCGGUCUGUCUGCACACCAAAGAUGUCAUUAGUCUCUUUAUAUUGAAGUAAGUCAAUCUGUGUAAUUUCGGCUUCCUCCACUGGAGUGAGUGUCAUUUAGUUUAGAGGAAAUGUAUUCAGGAUAGAUAAAGGCUACUCGCUGUGCGUCCCCUGCUUUUUUAUCGGUUUAUGUCUUCCUUUACUUCCCUUCUAAUUUGGGAACCCAGCAUCUUGGAGAAGUGUCAAAUCAGAAAAUGUUUAAAUUAUUGAUUAACACGAUUACGUAAAAACAGGCCAGGCUUUUUUCCACUCAACAAAAAUGUCAUGAAAACCAAGCAAGAGGAAGCUUCCAUUGCUCCAACAGGGCUAAAUCAGCAUAAGGAAACAACUUGUGUAUGAAAUUUCGUUCCUAUAGUUAUUCUUUCUCGUCUUCAGUGGUCAGGCAGCAGCCCCUGGUUAUAAUUUUGAUCAAAAUCCUCUUCUGUGAUAUGUAUGUGUGUGUGUGUGAAGCAUAUUUAAUGCAUGGGGGACAAUGGACGCUGCAUGUUGUGUAGCUGUAUAUUAACUACAAUAUGGAACCAUGUGCUCUAAUGGAUACUGGAGUAAAAUACAAAUGUAUAUAAGUGCAUUUUAUCCUGCUACUGCUACGUUUAUUAUAUGUUGUACAUUUAAGAAGCUGCACUGAAUAAAAUGUUUUGUAUGUUCAGAGCA